CCCGGCGUCUGCAGAGCCCGAGGCGCAACUGGUGCGAGGGCUUCAUGCUCGCCUCGCCGUCAGCCCCAGCUCGCGGCCGCCGGGGCUCCGGCCGCGCGCCCGCCGGGUGGCUUUGUUAGGCGGGGGCCAGUUUGCAGAGAGCCGGACAUUUGCAUGAAGCGACUCGACCCCACGGAGCAGCGGCGGACCCGGGCGGCGGCGGCGGCGCGCGGUCGGAGCCCGGCGGCCCUGGUCUCCGGGCCCCGGUGGAUGCGCGGCGGGGGGGCGGCCCAUGGGCCGGAGCUGAGGCUGCCCGGGGUGUCGGGGCGCGGGGCGGGGGGCGCGGUCGAGGCCCGGAGGCGGCGGCGCAGGAGGAAGCGGAGGAGGGCGGGGGGCGCGCCGGGCCCGGGAGGCAGGCAUCGCAGCGCCGCCGCCGCCGCCGCAGCCCCGGGCUCGCCAUGCUCCUGGCCUCGGCCGUGGUGGUCUGGGAAUGGCUGAACGAGCACGGCCGCUGGCGUCCCUACAGCCCGGCCGUGAGCCACCACAUCGAGGCGGUGGUUCGCGCCGGCCCCCGCGCCGGGGGCAGCGUGGUGCUGGGCCAGGUGGACAGCCGUCUCGCGCCCUACAUCAUCGACCUGCAGUCCAUGAACCAGUUUCGCCAGGACACCGGGACCCUCCGCCCAGUUCGCCGCAACUACUACGACCCGACCUCGGCCCCCGGGAAGGGCGUGGUGUGGGAGUGGGAGAACGACCACGGUUCCUGGACGCCCUACGACAUGGAAGUGGGCAUCACCAUCCAGCACGCCUACGAGAAGCAGCACCCCUGGAUCGACCUCACCUCCAUCGGCUUCAGCUACGUCAUUGACUUCGGCACCAUGGGCCAGAUCAACCGGCAGACCCAGCGCCAGCGCCGCGUCCGCCGGCGGCUAGAUCUCAUCUACCCCGUGGUCACCGGCACCCUGCCCAAGGCCCAGUCCUGGCCAGCCGGCCCCGGGCCCGCCGCCGCGCCCCCCGCGCCGCCCUGCUCCUGUCCACAGUGCGUCCUGGUGAUGAGCGUCAAGGCCGCGGUGACCAACGGGAGCGCUGCAGCCCUGCAGCCGCCGGCCGCCCGCAAGAACGUGCCCGAGUCUGCAGUGCUCAAGGCGCCUCCCCCACCAGGCCCCGGGGCCAAGCCACUGGACGGCACGGGCACCACCCGAGGCCCGGUGAAGACGGUCCCAGCGCAGGCGAUCCGGCGACACGCCUCCAGCACGCCGGCGGGGGCGAAGGCGGGCUCCCCUGCUGGAACCCCGGGGGCCAAUGGCAAGACCGGAAGGGUGGCCCUGGCGACCUUGAAUCGGACCAGCCUGCAGCGACUGGCCGUCGCCCAGUCCCGCGUGCUGAUCGCCUCCGGGGUCCCCACUGUCCCAGUGAAGAACCUAAGUGGGUCCAGUCCUGUCAACCCUGCCUUGGCAGGAAUCACCGGGAUCCUCAUGAGUGCGGCAGGGCUGCCCGUGUGUCUCACGAGGCCACCAAAGCUGGUCCUCCACCCGCCCCCCGUCAGCAAGAGCGAAAUCAAAUCCAUCCCAGGGGUUUCCAACACAAGCCGCAAGACCACCAAGAAACAAGCCAAGAAAGGUAAAACCCCAGAAGAAGUGCUGAAGAAGUAUCUGCAGAAAGUCCGGCAUCCACCAGACGAGGACUGCACCAUCUGUAUGGAGCGCCUCACGGCCCCCUCGGGCUACAAGGGUCCACAGCCGACGGUCAAGCCUGACCUAGUGGGUAAGCUGUCCAGAUGCGGCCACAUCUACCACAUCUACUGCCUGGUCGCCAUGUACAACAACGGCAACAAGGAUGGGAGUUUGCAGUGUCCAACCUGUAAGACCAUUUAUGGGGUGAAGACAGGUACCCAGCCUCCGGGGAAGAUGGAGUACCACCUCAUUCCCCACUCUCUGCCUGGCCACCCAGACUGCAGAACCAUCCGGAUCAUCUACAGCAUCCCCCCCGGCAUCCAGGGGCCAGAACACCCAAAUCCUGGGAAAAGUUUCAGCGCCCGUGGCUUCCCACGACACUGUUACCUUCCAGACAGCGAGAAAGGGAGAAAGGUCCUGAAGCUGCUGCUCGUGGCCUGGGAUCGCCGUCUCAUCUUUGCCAUCGGUACGUCCAGCACCACGGGCGAGUCCGAUACCGUCAUCUGGAAUGAGGUCCAUCACAAGACGGAGUUUGGCUCUAAUCUCACUGGCCACGGCUACCCAGAUGUCAAUUACCUGGAUAAUGUGCUGGCCGAACUGGCUGCCCAGGGCAUUUCUGAGGACAGUGCUGCCCUGGAGAAGGACUGAACCGGAGGGGCUUUGGGGCGGGAGAGGCCAUGGGACCCCAGGUCAGGAAGUGGGGAGAGUCAAGGUGGAAGUUGGCGCCAUGCCCUCCCAACUCCCCGUCUCCCCUCCUGUCCUGUCUCCACCCCCCAUCCCUCCCAGCCCCAGGCUGGGGGGAGCAGCCAGAAUGAAUAAGGUGGUAUCAUCCACAAACCUCAUCCAACGCAAAGGGGACGAGGGAUAAGGGCCAGCAGCCUCAGGCUGUUCCCAUGGAGUUUUUGGUGCUGGGUAGGCAGGGACCUCCCUCACCCCCCUAAGCAGGGGGCACGGGUAGCACGCUUAGGGUAUGGGCACUCCUCAUCCUGGCCUUGUGAAGCCGGAGGUUCACGCCCCAGCCGGCUUCUUGCUGCUCCCAUUCUGCUUGGAGAGCGGAGUUUCCGCUUUUCUCUCCUCCGCUGGAGGGAGGAGCUCUCACUGUGCAAGACUGGGGGGCAAAGCGGUGAACCGCGAAACUGCUGUGACGUCAGAAAUCCAUGCCUCGGUGUACAGCAAGGAAGCACUUCUUGCCAAGAGGGUCAGGGUGGCACAGGCUCCUGGGAGCAGGCUCAGCUCUCAUCAUCGCCCUGGCUCCUCUGGGCCCUCCCUCCUCCUCCCACCUUUGACCUGUCCGAAGAGGCAUCCGGAUGCAUAGGCUCUGGGAUUCCUCUCUGGGGCGGCAUCCCACGAUGCCUAUGCCUCCGGCCCCUCUCUGAUCAGACCCGAGCCUGCACCCAACUUAGCAUCUGAGCGGUCCUCAGGGAGAGGAGCCCAUAGCCUUCUUCCCACCUCAUCCCAGACCAGCUCAAAGAUUCCACGAGUUUCAUCCAGUCACUGUGAGUGGAGCCCAGGCUGGGCUCUGUGCCAGCUGUGUGUGUGCAUAUAUGUGCAUGUGCGUGUGUGUGCGUGUGUGCACUGCUGGGCCAGGUUGGUGGAGGGACCCAUCGUGUUCUCACACCGUGUUUUGCAAGAUGUCAAACCCCCAAUUCUGAUGGGGAUGAAACAGCCAGGCUGUGGGCCCUUGACUUGCCUCACCCUUUGCCAGCCCAUCCCAUAGUAAACUUGGACCCAGAAGAAGACAGAACUCGGCUUGGGAAGAUGUGUAAGGUGAGGGCUGGACUGACCCCUUUGUAUAUGUCUUUCAAGAUGAGGUCUGAGGCGCACUGCGAGGGCUUGGGUCUGUCUCCGUGCACAUUUGCUAAUCAGAGCCCGGAGGUGCUGCUGGGCCCCUCACCUCCCUCGCCGAUUACAGGAUGGCCCGGAGCGUGAGGGCGACUCUAGCCCAUUCCCAGCAGGAUUGGGGCCACAUUAGGGUCCAGUCCAACCUGCGUCUGGGUUGUGUCCCAGGACCCAGUCUAUCCCCUCCCUGACAUUCCCUUCAGCUCCCAUUAAGGAAGGAAUUGUGUGUCAGGGAGGAGAAGGGUGAUCAAGAAGGGAAACUCAGGCUUCCCUGGUGGCGCAGUGGUUGGGAGUCCGCCUGCCGAUGCAGGGGACGCGGGUUCGCGCCCCGGUCCGGGAAGAUCCCACGUGCCACGGAGCGGCUGGGCCCGUGAGCUGUGGCCGCCGAGCCU